AUGCAUCCAAAUCAUUGUGCUCAAGGAGGAUGUGUUUCUUAUGUACUGCCAGAAUUUCUGCUUGAAACAGAAGAUUAUAAGAGGUGGAUUGAAAUUAAGUCUACCACUAAAACCAUGCCUGUGAGUUCCUGUGCACCUACAGCAACGUGUUCUAUUGUUAUAGAAAUGACUGAGUUUGAAACUUGGAGUAAACGGGCAUGGACAGAUGUAUUACUUCAGAUAUAUAAGGUUCUGGUUCUAGCCCGGCUUAAACCACAUUCUACCAACAAUAUGCCUUCCAUAAAUGUGCGAAAUCCAUCAAAAAUUAAUCCUUGCUUUGCGUCCAGCAACAUAUAUUCUAAUUCUGAAAGGAUUCUACUUAGUUGGAUGAAUGUAAUUUAUGAGAAUUUUCGACAUAUUAUAUGGAAACACUCUCCAAAAGGUAUCACUCCCUCUGAAAGAUGGAUAGUAAGCUUCGACAAAGACCUUUCAGAUGGCCUUGUUUUAGCAACACUGCUAGGAGCCUAUUGCCCAUAUUUGGUCGAAUCUCACUUGAUAAAUAUGUAUACACAACCAAAUAGUCCUGAACAACAUUUGCACAAUUGCCUGAUUAUCACAAAUGUUCUUCAUGAAAUUGGCUUUGACAUGGAUGUACAAGCCACUGACAUCUGCGACCCAAAUCCAAUCUUAUUGCUCAUGCUUUGCGUCUAUAUGUAUGAAAGACUCCCUACAUACCUCCCCAAGAGAGUGGUGCCCUUUCAUUGUACUCUGCAUGACACAGAAUUGGCACAGAUUCUACUGAAAAAUUCAAGCACAAAGAUCUUAGUGUAUAAUGCUAUAAUUGUUGGAAGAGAUGCAGCUGAUUUCUCCCUUGCCCAAACAGGAAAGAUUAUAACAAUUUUUCCAAAAGAUAGUACUGAUAUCACUGUGAAGUUCACCAGCCGCUUCCUCCGUUUUUUUUGA